GUGAUUGAGCCACCGUCCCCACCGUGGGGGCGCAGGGCGGGGCUCCGGCUUGUGUAGUAGUACGUGUGCUUUACAGCAGUUAGCUUCCAGCCAGAGAGCUAACAGUACAGCUGAGUUGAAGUCGGAACCAUGGUGCUGCUUGAAAAUGACUCGUUCCUCACAGAGCUCACACGGCUGUUCCAGAAGUGCAGAUCAUCUGGCAGCGUUGUCAUCACGUUAAAGAAAUAUGACGGGAGGACCAAGCCAAUGCCCCGAAAGGGCCACACAGAGUCCUUUGAACCAGCAGACAACAAAUGUCUCAUCAGAGCGUCUGAUGGCAAGAAGAAAAUUAGCACAGUGGUCAGCACCAAAGAAGUAAUCAAGUUUCAGAUGGCAUAUUCCAACCUCCUUAGAGCUCACAUGGAUGGACUAAAGAAAAAAGAUAAGAAAAGCAAAAGCAAGAAAACCAAAGCCACCCAAUGAGCAACAGACUCUUUUAACAUAACCAUGGGAACCUAAACUGGCCUGUACUAUCUGAGGGAAUGGGAAAGACCUCCACUUGGUCUGUCACCCCCACCCGGCAUUCUCCCCAUUCACCCGAGGCCUCAGAAUCACUGUUCAUCCACCCGGCGACUGCUUUGAUAUUAUGCCAUUGUUUGCAUGGUAACGUCUCAUCCCUGGCUGGUCAGUGCCAUCGGUGAUGUGGAACAGAAAGACCUGAGGAUUUCGAACCACUCAUACAGGACGAAGCAAGUCAAAUUUAUUGGAAUCUCCACGAUUUCUGCUUCAGAGUCAUGUCAUCAACAGCUGUGUCACAUCUGGAACCCAAUGAUCAGCUUCUUUUCAUACUAUUUAAUUGUUAAGAGUCCCUAUUUAUGUUAUUUACAGCUAAUCUGUGAGCUGUGCUGCCAUGUAUUAAUUUGACUAUGGAGAGAAAUCUUGAAUAUUUUAGUCAUCGGAAUUGUGUUUUUUAUUACAAUUACAGUUGAGGUGGCUGAAAAUACAGAAAUAAAUUGAUGUUGAUGUAUUUUUAACCACCUUAGCUGUAUUAAAUCUUCUUCCUUUUUGUGUUUUUUAGUUGACCUUUUUGGAGGAAAAUGAAUCUAAUUUUGCCUUCUUGUCACAGUUCCAAAUCAAGCUGGAUGUCUUAAAUUGUCAAACACCGUAAAAUAUACUGAAUAGUUGCAGGCAGUGUGGUUAAUUGAAAUGUGAAUAAGAUGCAGUUUCUGGCUGAGAUGAAAGAUGUCAAUUUACUGAAAGGCAGUGAGUUUGAGUUACGAACACGGAGACAAAGUAUCGGCUGUAAUUCUAUUAAUGUCAUUUCUGUUAACCACAACUACAAGGCAGGUUUAACUACAGCCAACGCAUUUCGUCAACCAUUUUGUAUUGUCUCAUUGUGCUCCCGAGUCCUGCAGCAGAAUUUAAGUUCAGAAAUAAAGUGCUUUGUUAAAAGCCA